AUUUUCCUCAACAUACAGCCGUCCCUUGCAUCAAACUCUCAACUUUCCUCUCUCUGCCGUCAACCAAGCAUGUCUCUUAGACCAAACGCAAGGACCGAGAUUCGUCGGAACCGGUACAAGGUCGCUGUCGAUGCCGAUGAAGGUCGGAGGAGGAGAGAAGAUGAUAUGGUGGAGAUCCGGAAGAAUAGAAGAGAAGAGAACUUGCAGAAGAAACGAAGGGAUUUUCAAGCAAGUCAGCAGCAAUUUGCGGCUACAGUUGAGAACGUCGGCUCCACUGACAGCAAGUUGGAGAAUUUGCCAUCAAUGUUGGUCAGUAUUUAUUCGAAUGAUAGUAAUUUGCAAUUGACGGCUACUACCCAGUUCAGGAAAUUGCUUUCAAUAGAAAGAAACCCUCCAAUUGAUGAAGUAAUACAGUCUGGUGUGGUUCCCAGAUUGAUUCAGUUUCUUACAAGGGAUGAGUUCUCACAGCUUCAAUUUGAAGCAGCUUGGGCUCUCACAAACAUUGCUUCUGGGACUUCUGAGAAUACUAAAGUUAUUGUAGACAGUGGGUCGAUUCCCAUAUUUGUGAAACUCCUCAAUUCAGUGAGUGAUGAUGUUCGAGAGCAGGCCGUGUGGGCUCUAGGAAAUGUUGCUGGGGACUCUCCCAAAUGCCGUGACAUUGUUCUUAAUGAAGGUGCACUUCUCCCCUUGCUGAAUCAACUGAACGAGCAUUCCAAGAUUUCCCUGCUAAGAAAUGGCACUUGGACGCUUUCAAAUUUCUGUAGAGGCAAGCCACAGCCGCAAUUUGAUCAGUUGAAGCCGGCUCUUCCUAUUCUCCUGCGUCUUAUUCACUCAAAUGAUGAGGAGGUUUUGACAGAUGCAUGUUGGGCUCUCUCAUAUCUUUCAGAUGGAACUAAUGAAAAAAUCCAAGAUGUUAUAGAUUCUGGUGUAUGCCCAAGGCUUGUUGAACUUCUAGGUCACCCGACGUCUUCUGUUCUUAUUCCCGCUCUUCGGGCAGUGGGAAACAUUGUUACUGGAGAUGAUAAGCAAACACAGUUUAUCAUCAACAAUGGAGCUCUACCCUACUUAGCGAAUCUGAUGACCGGAAACUAUAAGAAGAGCAUUAAGAAGGAAGCCUGUUGGACAGUUUCCAAUAUUACUGCUGGCAACAAGGAGCAGAUCCAGGGGAUAAUUAAUGCGAAAGUAAUAGCACCUAUGGUUUAUCUUCUUCAAAAUGCUGAAUUUGAGGUUAAAAAAGAAGCUGCCUGGGCAAUCUCGAAUGCCACCUCUAGUGGCACACACGACCAAAUCAAGCACCUUGCGAGUGAAGGAUGUAUCAAGCCAAUGUGUGAUCUUCUAGUUUGCCCUGAUCCUAGGAUCGUGACAGUUUGUUUAGAGGGUCUUGAGAAUAUAUUGAAGGUAGGGGAAGCUGAGAAGAAUUUAGGACUGACAGGGGAUAACAAUCUUUAUGCUCAAAUGAUUGAAGAUGCUGAUGGUUUGGAAAAGAUAGAGAACUUACAAAGUCAUGACAACAACGAUAUUUACGAGAAGGCAGUUAAAAUCCUCGAGACAUAUUGGGCGGAGGAUGACGAUGAUGAAGAGAUUAUGCCACCAGGUAUUGCAUCUCAAGGAGGAGAAGGAGGGUUUCAAUUUGGUGGAAACGGUCAGUUUCCUGUCCCUACUGGUGGUUUCAACUUCAACUAAGAAUGAAGGCUGAUAGAUGAGUAUUAUGUUUCAUUUUCAAAAUUAUGGAUUUUAUUUUUGUGAAAUGAUAGAAAGAAGGACCAUGCAGAAUUAAUUUAUUAAUUAAACAGCUAGUUAUUCUUCUUCUU